AUGCGCGCGACUGUAUUGCUCCGGAACGCCUACAACAGGUCCAACACCGCAGCCUUCAUCGGCCUCGGCGCCAUGGGGCGCGGGAUGGCCGCCAACCUGCUCGACAAGUCCUUCGCGGGCUCGCAAGGUGCAUGGGGAGCCGAAGCUGCGCGCAAGGGCGAACGAGGGGCGUUCGUCGUCUACGAUGCGUUCCCCUCGGCUCUCAACCAGUUCCUCUCGUCCCACACCAACGCUUUCGCAGGCCGCGACGUCCUCCCUGCUUCGAGUCCUGCGGGGGCGACGAGGCUCGCGAGUACGAUCGUGACCAUGUUGCCGAGUUCGAAGGAGGUGGAGGAGGUCUACCUUGGCGAGAAUGGGAUCAGGGAGGCGCUUGAAGGCAUGAGCGACGAGAAGAGGAGGGAGACGCUGUUGAUUGAUUGUACGACGGGUGACAGGGAGGAGGCGAUUCGGGUUGCGAAGGAGAUGGAGAGUCUGGGCGUCAAGAUGGUGGAUGCGCCGGUUAGUGGAGGUGUUGUGGGCGCGGAGAAGGGCACGCUCAGCUUUAUGGUCGGCGGGUCGGAAGAGGCCUUCGCCCAGGCGCAACCUUUCCUCCAGAAGAUGGGCGCGCGGUACAUCCACUGCGGCGCCUCAGGCAACGGAUUGGCUGUUAAGAUCUGCAACAAUCUCUUGCUCGGCAUCUCGAUGAUCGGCACUGCCGAGGCCAUGCUUCUCGGCAAAUCGCUCGGCCUCUCCUCUGAGCUGCUCGCAACCGUAAUCAACACCUCCACCGGUCGCUGCUGGUCGAGCGAGACGAACAACCCUGCGCCUAAAGCGACUCCUACGAUUCCAACGCCGGCAGAUCGUGGCUACACGGGCGGGUUCUUGUCGAAGCUCAUGUCCAAAGACCUCAACCUCGCCCUAACUUCCGCCUCACGCUCCGGUGUCCCCCUUCCCCUGGGCCAACUCUCCGGCACACUGUACCAGAAACUCUCGGCGCACGAGGAGUUUGCAGGAAGGGACUUUAGUGUCGUGUAUCGGUAUUUGGAGGAGGCUAUGGAGGGCGGGUUUGGGGAGAAGAGCGGCAAGAAGGGGGAGUAG